CUGGGCAUGGCAGUGUGGUGUGAUCUUGGGACCGGCUCACAAGGCUGAGCGUCGCUCCCUACACGUGUAUUGCGGCCGUAUAUCGUGAUCUAAGUGUUACACUUGUACGCCUUGUAAGCUGAGCGCUGCAACCGACACCUGUUAUGAUCGUCGAGUGCGUCCUGGGUGUUGCGUCUUCCCCCCCCGUGACUUGAGUGUUGUAACCGUGACCUUUCAUGACUGUGAAAUGUGACCUAAGUUUUCCGUGUGUUCGCUGUGACCUUGUGUUGUAAACAUGACCUGAGAGUUGCGCCAGAUCACCAUCAAGGGAGUGCCGUUCCUGAAGCACAAGUGUUGCACAAAUACGCCGCCAGUAAGUGUUGCGCCCCAGGUUCUGCUACUCUCGGUCAGCGUUACUGUCUCGCAAGCAGCUGAUCUGAUUGUUGCGGACGAGUGUUGAGUCUGUUCUUGUGUUGCGAGUGACUUCAAGUGUGAGAAGCUCGUAUGAUGACCCAGUGUCACCUUCGCCGCCGCCACGUGUGUGCCGUGAAGCUGUCAUUAGAUCCUGAAGCUAGUAUUGAAAAUUAGUGAUCUUAAGAUCUGGAUAGAUAGGAGUGACCGUCUGUCAGCGUGGUAGCCGUCCCCGCCGGUGACAGGCAGCGAGACGAGCCUGGAGUCGACGCCUGUCAGCUGUUGAUCAGCACUGAGAAGUUUCCAGCUUUUGGAAAACAAGUGAGAGACGCCCCGAGUCAGGCUGACGUCCCCUGGUAACCCCAGCAAGGACUCGCCGCCCAUCAGCGUGUGUGAGGGGCGUGUGUGCGAGGGGAGGGCGUGCGGCCGACCGCGUGAAUGCAGCGGUGACAGCGGUAUGAAGGUGAGCGGCGGCGAGGCUGCAGGCCCCGUGCUGCCGGUGUGGCAGACGCUGAAGGGCCUCAGCUCCAGGGACGUCCAGUGCACCAGCCCCACUACCGCCGGCUUCCAGCACCCUCAGCAACGAGGUGUGCAUGGGUCCAGUAUGGCCGCUGAGCGUCUGGCUCGCCGGGACUCUUGUCCCCUUGAGGUCCCUUCCUCCUCUUCCUCAUACCCGGUUAGGAACUCUGGCCUGCCCCACCUGUUGAUACCUGAAGGGGAUCGGUCUCCGGGGUUGCUCAAUGGGUCGGUGGCACCGCCACUUUCAGCGCCUCCGAUUGUAUCGGCGGGAGAAGGCCCCUCGCGGCUCCCGUGGGGACCUACGUCUUCCUCCACCACCUCUACCUCACUCUCCAACACAAACCUCGCCCUCCACCACAACAAUAACCACAUAGUCAGCAAUAACGUCAGCUACGCGGCGUCGCCCAAGGAGGAAGAAGACUUGGAGACACCGAGCGUCUUCAGUUUUCUGACAGGACUGCCCUACCAGUUCAUGAUAGAUCUGUACAGACACACGCGGAUCAGCAGCAAGAAGAUGCGGAAGAGAGUGGUGCAGAAGAACGGAGAGUGCAACGUGUCGCCGUCUAACGUCGCCAAGCGACGACGUCGCUACCUGCAGGACAUCUUCACCACACUCGUCGACAUCCAGUGGCGGUGGACGCUGCUGGUGUUCGCCAUGUCCUUCAUCAGCUCGUGGCUGCUGUUUGCUGUUGUAUGGUGGGUGAUCGCGUACACCCACGGCGACCUGCUGGAGCACAACCUUCCCGGCAGGCAGGAGCAGUCCAAGUGGACGCCGUGCGUGGUCAACAUCUUCAGCUUCACCUCGUGCUUCCUGUUCAGCGUAGAGACCCAGCACACCAUCGGCUACGGCUCCCGCCACACCACCGAGGAGUGCCCGGAAGCCAUCUUCGUCAUGUGUAUCCAGAGCAUCACGGGCGUCAUGAUACAGGCAUUCAUGGUGGGGAUCGUGUUCGCAAAGCUCUCGCGGCCCAAGAAGCGGACCCAAACACUUCUCUUCUCCCGCAACGCAUGUUUGUGUCUCCGUGACGGCGAGAUGUGCCUUCUCUUCCGCGUAGGGGACAUGAGGAAAUCUCACAUCAUCGAGGCUCAUGUGAGGGCUCAACUCAUCAGAAAGAGGGUGACGAGGGAGGGAGAGAUCCUGCCUUUCUUUCAGUACGAGUUGGACGUAGGUUAUGACAUCGGAGAGGACCGGAUCUUUUUCAUCUGGCCCAUGACCAUGGUGCACAAGAUCAACGAGAACUCGCCACUCUACGACCUCUCCGCCCACGACCUACUCAGGGAGAAGUUUGAGAUCGUUGUCAUACUCGAGGGUGUUAUCGAGUCCACAGGCAUGACCACUCAGGCGCGGUCAUCGUACUUGCCGAAUGAGAUCCUGUGGGGUUACCGCUUCGAAAACCUUGUGACCUUCAACAAAGAUCUUGGCGAGUACGCUGUUGACUACUCGCUCUUCAAUAACACUUACCAGGUCAAUACACCUCUCUACUCCGCCAGGGAACUAGACAGACUCAACAGCCAGGAGUCGACACCAGAGAGAGAGGACUCUGGACCCUCGUCGCCGCCCAAGCGGAACACGCUACAAGUGACGCCCUUGACGCCUGUAACGCCCAUGUCUCCCCUUACGCCAACGUCGGCGUCGGGCGUGGGCGUGGGGUCGUGUUCCCUGGACCUACACGCCUGUCCUCACUCUGCCUGCGACACCGCCCAAGAUGCCCCCGCCUCACAGCCCCUUCUACAGGAGCAUAAUAAUGUCUAGCAGAUGGCCCCGGGUGCCAAAGGGUGCCCGUGUCCGUGCCUUACUGGGGUGGAAAUGACACUCCGGGUUCGUGGGUGUCGUGCUGAGAGGACCUGUGUGUGUGAUGGCAGUCGUCGACCUUCACCAUGUCAUGGCCUUC